AUGCACGACUGGGCCUAUCAACUCACCGGCGGCGGCAGCGUCACCUUUGGCCUGUCCGUCAUUGCUUUCCUGGGCCUCUUCCUGCUCUUCACCCUCCUCCUCCUCCUUAUGUACUUUGUCUGCUGGGUCCGCUACAGGCUGUCCAUAAGGACCAGCCGCAGCCGCAGCGGCGACGGCGAGAGCAGCCGCCGGCGCUGGCGGUGCCGCCAGCGCUGGGACGAUAUCCGUGCCGCCGCGGCCGGGUGCCGUUCGUCGCGUCGCGAGGCGAUGGCAAUGGACUCGCUCGGCGAGACCGGCGCCCAGCAGCAGCACGCGUCGCGCCAGGACUACUACCGCGCCAAGCUUGUCGGCUCGCUCUCGCGCAAGCCCAACGCGCUGGAUAAGAGCCAGCCGCCUGCGUACGACUCCAUCAUGGAGCUUCCCCGGCGGGUGCACGUUGCAGACGGUCACCGUCAUGCUGGACACAUGGUCUAG